AUCAAGUGCAAAGAGUUUGAGGGUAGGGUCAAACCCUACUUAUUCCAAGUUGUAGGGGACAAUCUUGGCAUUCAUGCCAUGCUGGGAUGUACAACCUGUUUCCGUGCCAACUAUUACUGUAGAUUCUGUAGAGGCCAUCGCUCGUUGCUUCAGAAACAGCCAAAAGAGGAUGCCCAAUAUCUCCGUGAUGAAAUAAACUAUGAUACAGAUCUUCAAAAGCCCUUGUCAGAAUCUGGCUUGAAGCAUGCAACAGUUUUGAAUGAAUUGCCUUACUACCAUUCCACCCAAAACUUAUGUCCAGAUGUAAUGCAUGAUUUUACAGAGGGAGUCUUGCCCCUGGAAAUGCACCUUGUUUUGAGUAAACUUGUUCAGAAGGGUUUCAUAACACUGGAUGAGGUGAACAGUAGAAUAUCCUCAUUCAAUUUUGGCUUUGUGGACCGCAAAAACAGACCAAGCCCAAUCAGGCAGGCAUCACUGAAGAAUCCAUAUUCUGCCAGUGGACAGACAUCAGCACAGAUGACGUGCCUUGCAUACAACAUCCCUCUCAUGUUAGGAGACAAGAUUGAUGAGAUGUGUGAUGAGUGGGAACUCUUACUGUCAAUCAUUGACAUCUUCAAAAUCAUUAUGAGUCCCAGUAUCAGUAAGUCUGCCAUCUAUGUCCUGAAGGCAAUGAUUGAUGAUCACCACAGGCUCUUCAUGCAGCUCUUCCCUGAAGCUAGUCUAACUCCGAAGCAGCACUUUCUUGUGCAUUACCCACGUGCACUGAAACACCUUGGGCCACUGACCCAGUAUUCAGCAUUGCGUUUUGAAGCAAUGCACAGACCUUUCAAGCAGAUUGCCAGUGUAUCUUGCAACUACCAAAACAUUGUCAAAACAUUGGCUAACAGAUACCAAAUGGCACGGUGCUACAGGUCAGUAUCAAAUCAGUCACUGGAUAGCCAAGAUAUCAAUGUGUCACAGCAAGCUGCAGCAAUGCUUGGUGAUCUACUUGAUGAUGAGGCACUUUGCAAAAAAAUUAACUGUGGAAGGGGAACCGAAGUUACAGUUGCUGGGAAAGUGGACAUUCAUGGAUAUGAGUUCCGGGCAGGUGUUGAUGUACUUCUAUAUUGGACUGAUGAUGAUGGACCCACGUUUGGACGUGUUCAGCAUAUUGUAGUGGUGCAAGAAAAGUUGUAUCUGCUCCUUCGGCUGUAUCAGACCUUGUACUUCAACAGACACGUUGAAGCAUUUGCAGUACAGGUGGGCAGAGAGGAAGCACAAGCUGCUGUUGAAUGGUGUGACCUGUUUGAUCACAGGCCAGUCAAUGCUGUCCAGUCCUAUAGUGGAAGAGGGCGCUGCUUGUAUAUUGUGGUGCACCAUUCAUUCAUCUAGGAACAAGAAGUAUCAUGCUGCAAAUCAACAAAGCAUGGAACAAGCAUCAUCGUCGACAAGAAGCCCAUCAGUGUUCUCCUUAGAUGACUGCUCAGAUCUCUCUUGUGUAACAGGAAGUGAGUGGAGUCCCAGACAAAGCCCUUCCCAGCCCAGUUUGGAUACGCCACUUUACGACUCCCCAGAAUCCAAGAGUCCUGAUCAACAUCCUCCCCUGAAACGGGUCAAGAAAGUGCAUUUCAACAUUGCUUGUAUAUUGAGAGAGACCACCAUGGGAAGAGCAGCAUUAAGGAACAUCAAUGCUACAAAUCUCUGCAGCAAAAGGGACCGGCAUACUGUUGUGGAUAUGUUGACUCAGUACCUGAUACGGGAGUAUGGUACCAAGCCAAGCUCAUUUGUGAAGGCAUCAAUGGCCCAUGCCAUUGUGACAAGCUUUCCUUUCUUAAAAGAUCCAGAAUCUCCACUUGGCUAUGAGGCCUGGUACUGCGUGGGGGCCAAGGGACGGCCAGCAACAGGCUACCUGGAGGAGCAUCUGAGGUAUGUCAGAAAAAAGGAGAAGUCCCUGAGGGUACCAGUAGCUGAAGACGAGGCAGAGUCUCAAAAGCAAGGAGAUACUGAUCUUGAGUCUGUGAACGAUGAUAACAUCACGACAAUGGAAGAAUGGCUGCGUAACAACAAGGAGCCAGAGGACAUGGUGAAGGACUACAUGAAACAAACAGCAACAAAAAGACAUGACUGGAUCAAGAGAAGUGACUGUUGUGUGAAGAACAUUCUUACCACAUAUCCCAGACUUCUCGAUGCUGGAAUGAUUGAAGGAGAUUUUGCAGAAUUGUUCCCAGAGAAAGCAAACGCACUGUACCAGAAGUGGCCCACAUUCUGUAACAAAGUAGUGGACUUCACCGAGAAAACUGGCAACUGGAGAAGUGCAAGAGCCGAAUUCGAAAACAUUCAUGACCCUGGGAAACUCAGUCUUGAGGAAAAGAGCAAUCUUGGAUUCUACAUGCUCCCAGUCUUGUUCCGAGGAAGGAAAGAUUCCAAGAGAGGAACGUACACCACUGCAGAAACAUUGUCGUCCUUCAUUGACGUUCAACCAGAGGUUCUCGACAUCCAGACUUAUGUUGAUAACAUUGAUGAAGCAGUCAGGUCACAGCCAUUUGUUGUUGUGCGUGGGAACAUUCUCACACCAAUACAGGCGUACGUCGUAGUAGAGAGGAGGAUACUUCCUGCCGCAACACUGCUUAAAGCAGUCGACUUGUGCUUUAAGGCACUUUAUGUGAUGGAUAUCGAAUAUCAGCCGCAAAGCUGUUCUGUUUGGAAAUUUCUCCAGAUUGUGGUGUUCCAGUUUACCGAUGGGGAGCAUCUUACACCAAAGCUGCGGGAGGUCCGAGCCUUCAUGAACAUGCCAUAAGCCAUCAUGAUGUGUUCACGCCAAGGAUGAUUACUGGUGAUAUAUUUCCUACAGAUGAAACUGACACAUCAUCGUUUAGCACAUUUUGGCUACUUGAACCAGUUUAUUUUGGGAGAAAAAAAACUGGAAAAAAGUAUUAUUUUGGACAAAAUAACCUUAAAGACAAACUGUUAUGAGUUGGAUUCAGCACAUUAUUUUACAUAAUUUAGACAUGUUUGUGUAAGACUGAAGAUUUGAGGGUGGGGUGAGGAUCGCUGAAUAAUAUUAAAAAAAGAGUGAAUUUAUACACAGCAGAAGUCUUUGUGUACAUUUUAAAAAUGAUAAAGGCCUAAUUGUUUUAUCCCAAUCAUUGCUUAACAUCCCCACCUUGAAAGUUUAAGAAAACAAAUGAAUAUAUGCCAAGUAUAAAUACAAAACAUAUUAUUGGCUAUAAAUCUUUUGCACUGGCGUAUACAAAUGCUUAUCGUGUUUGGUCUUAAUCCCAAGAGUACUGUUUCAUAACUCGUACAUCAAAAUGAUAUAUUUCUUCAUAAAACAUGAGCUAUGAUAUUUUCUGCGUUUAAAACAGCAAGUGGGGUAUAUGAUUGUAAAUUACAUAUACCAUUAAUUUUCAUGUAAUGUGUAUCGUCCAUUGACCCUACGCUGAACUCUCUGCUGAAUGGACUGCAUGCAUUAAUUUACAUCGCGCAAAGCAGAAGUAGAGAAGUCAACAUUUUCAUCUACAUUUUGCAAAAUUGUAUUGAUAUUAUUGAUAAUAUCAAUAAAAUCAAUCAAACUGAGUAUAGCAGGUAGGGUCAAUUGAUUUUUGUUGUCUUUAAUCUAAUCAAAAAGUUAUAGUAGGCAGUGUGUAUCCUUGUUAUUUGAUCAGUACCUGUUCACCAUCACAGAUAGCCAAACUUUCAUGUGGUACUUCUGCACAUGUCAAAUAAUCUAGAGGGAUUUGAAUUUAUUUCCUCUUUUUUUUUCACUUCAAAAAAAUGUGUGCAUGUGUAACACUCUAAGGCAGAGUAUUGGUGUGUCAGGAUAAAUGAACACUAUGCCACACCCACAAAAUAUAUAUGAUGCACAUAUUCAUGUAUGAAAUCAGAGUACAUGGGAUACAUACAGUGUACAUCAAAGUUGUCAUGCUGCACCAAAAGGGGCUAUAUUUGCAUUUACUUUUUUUAAAAGGUUGUAUUUUUUUCACCAAAAAUUGUAAUGUUGUAGUUGAUGUUAACAAGUUUUGUUUUUACGUUUCUGAUGAAAACAA